CUUCAGCCGGCUGCUAGGGGGCGAGUCCUAGGGGUGGGCCCGAAGAAGUGGGUGGGGCUAGAAACCCUGGUACCCUAGCUCCUUCGGGGGACAGGAAGUCGCGACCGGAGCCACUGGAGGGAACAGAGACCGCGACCCUACUCAGAACCCAAAUGGCGCAAUGGGAGACGCUGCAGAAUCUCGACACACCGUUUCAGGACCAGCUGCACCGGCUCUACUCCAACAGCCUUCUGCCAGUGGACAUUCGACAGCACUUGGCAGUCUGGAUUGAGGACCAGAACUGGCAGGAAGCUGCACUGGGUAAGGAUGAUUCCAAGGCUAACAUGCUAUUCUUCCACUUCUUGGACCAACUGAACUAUGAGUGUGGCCGUUGCAGCCAGGACCCAGAGUGCUUAUUGCUACAGCACAACUUGCGAAAAUUCUACCGGGACGUUCAGGCUCUUCCUCAGGGCCCUCCUCAGUUGGCUGAGAUGAUCUUUAAUCUCCUUCUGGAAGAAAAAAGAAUUCUGAUCCAGGCUCAGAGGGCUCAGUUGGAUCAAGGUGAGCCAGUUCUUGAAGCACCUGUGGAAAGCCAGCAGCAUGAGAUUGAAUCCCGGAUCCUGGGUUUAAGAGCUACCAUGGAGAAGCUGGUGAAGUCCAUCAGCCAACUGAAAGACCAGCAGGAUGUCUUCUGCUUCCGAUAUAAGACUCAGACCAGAGGGAGGACACCCUCUGUGGACCCCCAUCAGACCAAACAGCAACAGGUUCUGCAGGAAACUCUCAAUGAACUGGACAAAAGGAGAAAGGAGGUGCUGGAUUCCUCCAAAGCACUGCUAGGCCGAUUAACCACCCUUGUUGAACUACUGCUGCCAAAGUUAGAGGAGUGGAAAGUCCAGCAGCAAAAAGCUUGCAUCGGAGCCCCUCUGCACCAUGGGUUGGAACAGCUGGAGAGAUGGUUCACAGAUGGAGCAAAACUGUUGUUUCACCUGCGCCAGCUGCUGAAAGAGUUGAAAGGAUUGAGUGACUUGGUUAGCUAUCAGGAUGACCCUCUGACCAAAGGAGUGGACCUGCGGAAGGCCCAGGUCACAGAGUUGCUGCAGCGUCUGCUCCACAGAGCCUUCGUGGUCGAAACCCAGCCCUGCAUGCCCCAAGUUCCCCAUCGACCCCUCAUCCUCAAGACUGGGAGCAAGUUCACCGUCCGAACAAGGCUGCUAGUGAGACUCCAGGAAGGCAACGAGUCGCUGACGGUGGAAGCCUCCAUCGACAGGAGUCCUCCUCAGUUACAAGGCUUCCGGAAGUUCAACCUUCUGACCUCAAACCAGAAAACGCUGACCCCUGAAAAGGGACAGAGUCAGGGCCUAAUUUGGGACUUUGGUUACCUGACCCUGGUGGAACAACGUUCAAGUGGUUCAGGAAAGGGCAGCAAUAAGGGGCCACUAGCUGUGACAGAAGAACUGCACGUUAUCAGCUUCACGAUCAAAUACACGUACCAGGGUCUGAAGCAGGAGCUGAAUACGGACACCCUCCCUGUGGUGAUUAUUUCCAACAUGAACCAACUCUCAAUUGCCUGGGCCUCUGUUCUCUGGUUCAACCUGCUCAGCCCAAACCCCCAGAACCAGCAGUUCUUCUCUAGCCCCCCUAAAGCCCCCUGGAAGUUGCUGGGCCCUGCUCUUAGCUGGCAGUUUUCCUCCUACAUUGGCCGAGGCCUCAACUCGGAGCAGCUGGGCAUGCUGAGGGACAAGCUAUUUGGGCAGGAUUGUAAGACUGAGGAUGCAUUGCUGUCCUGGGCUGAUUUCACUAAGCGAGAGAGCCCUCCUGGCAAGCUACCGUUUUGGACAUGGCUAGACAAAAUUCUGGAGCUGGUACAUGACCACCUGAAGGAUCUUUGGAAUGAUGGACACAUCAUGGGCUUUGUGAGCCGGAGCAAGGAGCGGCGGCUGCUGAAGAAGACCAUCUCUGGCACCUUCCUACUGCGCUUCAGUGAAUCAUCAGAAGGGGGCAUUACGUGCUCCUGGGUGGAACACCAGGACGAUGAUAAGGUGCUCAUCUACUCCGUGCAGCCCUACACCAAGGAGGUGCUACAGUCCCUCCCACUGACCGAAAUCAUCCGCCACUACCAGCUGCUCACCGAGGAGAAUAUACCUGAGAACCCACUGCGUUUCCUCUAUCCCCGAAUCCCACGGGAUGAGGCUUUUGGGAACUACUACCAGGAGAGAGUUAAUCUCCAGGAACAGAAGAAAUACCUGAAGCAUAAGCUCAUUGUGGUCUCCAACAGACAGGUGGAUGAGUUGCAACAACCACCGGAGCUUAAGCUGGAGCCAGAACAGGAAUCGUUAAUCCAAGAGAUGAUACCAGAGCUAGGAGUAGGCCUGGGGUUAGAGCCCCUGCUGGUAGCAGGGCUGGAUCUGGGGCCAGCACUGGAGCCCGUGCUGGAGCCCACCCUGUGCAUGAGGACACUAAACAUGUCAGAGUCAAGCCUGAGUCCAACAUCACAGCCAGAGCCUGAGCCAGAUUUGCCCCACGAUCUGAGACACUUGAACACCGAUGGGAUGGAAAUCUUCAGAAAUUGUGUAACGAUUGAAGAAAUCAUGCCAAAUGGAGACCCGCUACUGGCCAACCAGGACACCGUGGAUGAGUCCUACAUCUCCGGCCCCAGCCAUUUCUACACUGAUGGACCCUUGAUUCCUUCUGACUACUAGAAACUGCGCCUGCUCAUUCUUUCUAUACCUCUUGCCCCUCUGACCUCCCUACAUCAGCUGUUGCUCUCGAAGGGACAGGAAGUGAGAUGUAACCCCUCCUCAGUGGAAUUAACCCUGGGCUUUGGGUUGAGAGGCGAAAACAUAACAUGGGUACAGAAGGGGCACCAACAAAUCAGAACAGGUUCUGACUGUAAUUCUAAAUAGGACCCUGUAGGCUGCCUGUUGGGCUGGAAGGUGAAGGGGUCAUGGGGGCAGGCCGGCAUGGUUAGGAGGUACUUGGAGGGCUCAGGGGAUUGGCUUCUUUCCAGUAUGGAAGAAUUUCAACAUUUUAGUAGCUGUAGGGGCUGGCAGGUGGUUAAGACACU